AUGAUACCGGGUGGUGAAAUUUCCUUUGAAUGUGGUGAAACAUUUACAACUGGUGAAGAUGUAGUAGGAGUAACUGCUGGUUGUUCUGGAGAUGUAAUUUCUUUGGAUGACCCCUUGAUCUCUUCUGAUUCCAAAGGUCUUAAUGCCCGGGGCAAUGACAAUAUCGCUGCUAAUGACUGGAGUGCUGAAAAUCAAUUUCCAAAUUCAUGGGGUGAUAAUUCGGCGGAAAAUGCUAAAAGCGGCUGGGAUAAUGGCUCGGUUACUGAUAAAGGUCAGAGUAAUUGGACCAACGAGGUUUCUACAGAAAAUAAUCAUAGUGGACGAAAUGGAGAUAAUAUUAAUAAUUCGGGAGGGUUGACAGUUAAUAGUAAAAAUAAAUCCGACAAUGUUAAUGAUAAUUUCCUAAGUCGGGAGGCCGACAAAUCCACAUUUGUUAAAGAAAAUAAUAACUGGGACACUGAAACUUCCAACAAUAGUUGGAAUGUUGAAAAUAACUGGACAUCAGAGACCUCCAAAGAUAAUCGGGGGACUGAUUCUCUCAAAAAUGGUAAAACAAUUAGGGAUGUGCAGAGAUCUCCUAAUCCUGGAGUACCUAGAUCUGUUGUGACUGCAAGAUCACCAGUUCCCAAUAUAUCACGGACGAUUCCUUCGCAGCCAAAGGCAUCUUGGGCUCAAAUUGUGAA